AUGAGCUUUGAGUCGGACACGCAGUUGCCGCCACUUCAGUUUAAAGGCGAGAUCAUGGAUUUCGAUCUGGGUCUCGAUAUUGACCAUCGCAAACGACGGAGAAACCGGACCACUCAGUCAUGCUUGAAUUGUCAUACUUCCAAGCGCAAGAAAGAGACCAUGUUCGAGGUGUAUACAGCUUGGGCUAGGAUGACCCCAACGUCGACGAGACUACACGUCUCCGGAAUCGGAUCGCGGAGCUCGAAAGUCUGGUUCGAGAACUACGGGCCUCACCCCAAAUGGGCUGAACCGAACUACUGCGAUGGUGACUCUACGGAGAAAUGGCACUCGCGGUCAUCGAAGCGGCUGCAGACACAGAAGACGAGACGCGAUUUGGAUAUUGACGGUAGCCACAGUGGAAGCGCCUCUAUCCACCUGCCGUCCACCGUGAAGAUCGAGCAGGCAGCGGAGCUAUCCCAACAGCAGCAGCUCUAUCGUGUCGCGACUUCCUCCAGCAGUUCAACCUUGCAUGACGCCCAUUCGGCCUCCGAAUCCUACUACCGUACCCCACCACAAGCCAACUCUCAGCCCUUCGGCUCACCGACAGACGACUCCGCUGCGUACUACUCGUCGUCCUCGUCAAACUCCCCUUUGGGCUACGAGCAUCGAUAUACUGAUGGCUCAGUGCACGCCGGUCCUGAUCACUAUGCGCAGUCUUACGUGCGGCCAUCCAACAACAGCAGUAGCACAAUCCAGGUCUCCUGUCCGUGCCUGACGAACCCAGCCGCGGGGAAUCCGCUCAUAGCGUUGACGAACCAGCUCCGAAAUACGCUCCAUCAGCUUAGGCAGCUGCCGGAACACCAUUCGCACAAUGACUGUCUCGUUCUUACUCGUAUCCUGGAUCUUAAUGACACUAUGCAUGGGAGUGAUCCUGGAUACCACAGCGAUACCCGAUAUGAUGGGCUCCCCACACCGACUGACAGCGAACUCCUGUCGCCCACAUCCUCAUCGGGCCACUCAGGCUUGAGCAACAAUAUGCAAGAUUGGCAGGCAAUGUCACAUCCGAGUGGUUACGACCAUUACUUCCAAGUGUCAUCGGGAGAACAUGCUACAUAUCAGAAACCCUAUCACAUCGUGCAGUGA